UAAGACAAGUUAUUAUCAAAUUGUAUCAUGGUAUCGGAGCUGAGGCUUUCAAAAACCUAGCCUCUCUUUUUUUCCGACCGCCGCCCACCAUGGCAGCCCCAUCGGAUCCUUUGGCGUCCUUACCCUCCGGAGUAAAAUUUUUGCUUCGGAGUCUCCACAACUUAAUCCCAGAAAAACUCACCGAAACAAAUUAUCCGGCAUGGUCUCUCAAUGUCCAGACAGCUCUUUCAGCUAAUCUCCUCCUUGGAUGGAUUGAUGGUCAUGAAGCAGCCCUAGCGCCAACUAUCUCCAAAAACGAUAAAACCGUCCCUAAUCCAGAGUAUACCUCCUGGACCAUCGUUGACACACAGAUCCGUGCCUGCCUCCUAGCGGUCAUCAGCCCAUCCGUUCACAAACAUGCUCGCGGCUUCACCACAUCUGCUGCCCUCUGGGAUGAUUUGGCCGCACGGUACAACUCUGUGUCCACCGCUCAUGUUUAUCAACUUCGGGACAAACUCCACACUCUUCGUAAAGGUACCAAAACUAUGACACGAUACCUUGAUGAUAUGGCAACUAUUCUCUCGGAUCUCGAUGCCUUGAAAGAAGAGAUCCCUGAACGUGAUGUGGUGAAUGCUGUUAUUCGUGGUCUUCCCACCGAAUACUCAUCCUUUAAGCAAAACAUUCGCAUGAACAAUACCACUAUUUCGUUAAAUCAGCUUUCUGGAUGGCUGAUCUCCGAAGAAAUAAACCUGGAGAUGGAGAAUAAACUCAGCCUCACCGAGUCUACUAUCACCGAACCUCGCACAACACUUCUCGCUACGAACGGUCGAGGUCGCGGUAGAGGAGGCUACCGCGGUCGGCCGUCACCUGGACGUGGAUACAACAGCGGACGUGGAGAAAGGAACAACGGUCGACCGUCCUAGGGAAACGGUCGACCGUCACGGGA